UUGCCCGUGUCCAGGAUCGGUCUGGCCGUGGCCGAGGCUCUGGGCUCGGCCGGAGCUCACGUCGUGGUCAGUUCUCGUCGUCAACCCAACGUUGACCGAGCGGUCAAUGACCUCAGGGGGCGUGGCCUGGAGGUCACUGGGGUCACUUGUCACGUGGCCAACGCUCAGGACAGGGAGAAACUGGUGGACACGGCUUUGAAAACUUAUGGAGGUAUCGACAUUUUGGUGUCCAAUGCUGCCAUUAAUCCUGUGCUGGGGCCAUGUUUGGAAACCUCUGAGGUGACCUGGGCUAAG